GUAGCUUUCUUGUGUUGUAAUGGUGACGCUGAGGUUGACGACUUAUCAGGGGCGUGGAAACUGAGUUUUCAAUUUUCACUUAGAAUUUACGAUUUGACACCUACAAUGAACUGAGUAGUAACCAGCAAAGUUUCAGAAUGGCUGAGGAACAGACAACUGAAGUUGCUACAAGAAUGGGGACAAGAAGACAGACAAUGCUGAAUGAGAGGAAAGCUAAGGAAGAACAAAAUGAACAACAAAAUAAUAAACCAAAUGAAUGUGCAGAACCAUUCGCCUGCUGUGGCUGUAACAGAACAUUUAGCACUCCAGCAGGUUGCAAAAGGCAUAUGCGUUACUGUGCAUUAGCUGAUGGAUCGUUAUUAGUGGUAGACAAGAGUAACAUGGACAAUUCCAAUGGGCCUGAGAACAGUUUACGAGGCAGGCAAAAUUCAGAGAAUAGUGAAGCAGCUAACCCAACAGAAGCACAAGCUAAUGGUAGCCAUCAGCAACAGAUAAAAGGGACAGUGUUGAAUACAGUAAAUGAGCUUAUAGACGAAACUUCAGCUUUGGGUCCAGGUAAAUGUCAUUGUUGUGGUGAAGACCUCGACACUGCACACUCGGGGGGUGACUUUGAAUGUGUUGAUUGCUCUAAAAGCUUCAAGUUGAAGUCCAGUCUGGAGAGGCACAGAAGAGUGAUUCACAUGGAAGGAGAGACAUAUACAUGCCCAGAGUGUAAUGCAAGAUGUCCAGACAAAGGAACUCUUGCAAGGCACAUGUACACUCAUACGGGUCUGAAACCCUAUUCAUGUUCACGUUGCCAGAAAACCUUUAGCAGAAAAUAUCAUUUGGAGCGACAUGUUGCACAAACAGGCUGUGAUGGGAAGUCAAGGCCAAAUUUUCCAUGUCAGGUGUGUGGGCGAAUGUUCAGUCGGAAAGACAAUUUGAGGCAACAUUUACGUGCCCAUGCAGGUCAGGUGAUACGAAAGAAGACUUACACAUGUGAACAUUGUCAUCAUGAGUUUCAGGGUGCUACACUUUUGCAGGUGCAUUUGAGGACACAUACAGGUGAGAGACCAUAUCCUUGUGAUUUCUGUCCAAAGAGAUUUCCUUCAAGUGGUGCGAUGAAGAAACAUCGAAGGAUGCACACUGGCGAGCGACCUUAUGAAUGCAAGGAGUGCUAUGCCAAAUUUGCAGCAAAGGAAACACUGAAUCGUCACAUACGUACUCACACGGGUAUCAAACCUCAUAUCUGCCAGUUCUGUGGCAAGAGUUUUAUACAGUCUGCCCAACUUCGAGCUCACAUUUUCCAUCAUACAGGUGAAAAUGGGUUCACAUGUUCCCAUUGCGGCAAGGCAUUCAAUCGCAGAUCUCGUCUUCUUAUGCAUGUGAAAUAUAUUCAUGAAGGUGCAAAACCAUAUGAAUGUGAGCAAUGUUCAAAAACAUUUGUCCGAAAGGAAGAUCUGGCUCGUCACACUAUUCUACACUCAGGCGUAAAAGCACACAAAUGCCCAAUUUGCCAGAAGAGCUUUGCCAUGAAAUCUUCAUUGAAGAUACAUCUUUUGACACAUACAAAGGAACCACCCCGUUCUUGUGAUGAAUGUGGAAGAGCAUUCAUUCGGCAAGAUUGUUUACUCCGUCACAUGCGCACCAAGCACAGAGACAUGUUGGAGGAGAUAUUGGCUGAAACAGAAAAGAAAAAAUUGCAACAGCAGCUUCUAGCUGCAGCAGCAGCUCAAGGGCCUGUUGGAUCUGGUGUGGGCCUGAAUGGUAGUGGAAGUGAUGGAAGUUCAGGUGAUCCUAGUAGCACACCAUCACUCAGUGAAGCUGCUCUCGCUGACUCAGUCCGUGAGCUGCUGGCACUGCUAGUGGACGAAGCCACUCUAAAGGCUUUUGGAUGGCCAGAAACACAAGUUGACCAGUUGCUAGAGGCAGUCAUUCGUCGAUGUGGUCAUCAGCCUGUAACCUCAGAGGAGCUAUUGUACACAGAUAGAUUGCGUGAAAAUGCCAAGCUGCUGUUCACUGUUGUCAUAGAUGACUCUGCUGUCAAGACUUUGCUCAACAAUCAGACUGUGGACGAAGUUAUUUUGCAUGUACUUCGCCUCGCCAAGUCAUAAAAAUAGUUGUGUGUGUGGCUGGGUGGGUGGAUGGGUGUGCACGCGUGCACUUAGUUAGUUCCUGCCUCCCUGGUGUUUAUAUUGUUGCAACAGAACCUGUUGCAUUCAUUUCAGUCAUUUCAGAUAUAUAUUUGAUGGCAUCUUAUGUGUUGAACUUAAAGUUUCUCUUUUUGAUUCUUCUUCAAUGAACACAUUACAUCCAGAGUCUGAAGUCAGUGAUUUUGUUAGCACAAAUGUAGGUGCUUCUUGUACAGAACAUUUCUCUUUGCAUACCACCGAAUUAUCAAAGGAUUCAGGUAUGAAGUUUCUGUUAUGCUUUUACAAACCGUUCUUUUUGCUCUUUCUGCUUUCAGACUUCAGUAACAAUUGAUUGUUGCAUUUAAUAAUGGAGAUGUCUCAGUUAACCUUGGGUUAAUUGUUACCUCUUCUGUAUAUCAGAAUUGUUCACAUUUACACCAUUUCUAUGCAAACUGCAUUCCAUUGUGUGAGUUUUCUUGAUUAGAAAUUUUCUUGUUUGCUAUUUUCCUUCCAUAUGUAAAAUCAUUCUGAUCGUAAUUUCUCCAUGGUUUGGGAAAGUAUCUGUUUGACAUGAUCCAUAAUUUGUGUCAAAUGCAGAUGUUAUCACAAAGUAUAGACAUCUUUGAGGCUCGCACAGUUGCAAAAUUCAGCCGUAUUUGUAAGGAGUCCAAUGUAUGUUAGCUUUAGGGACCAUGAAAUUUAUCAGUUUGUUUUCAGAGUGAAAUAUCAAAUCCUACUUUUAUUAAUACAGAUUACAUUUUGUGAAUACUCGUUAUCUUGACUGAUACUAAGAGCCAUCUGGCAACUAAGAGCACCAGCAGAAAAUUAAUUAUUUGUAAAAAGAAAUAUGAUGAAACAUGUAACUAUAUUUUUUGUAUGUAAAUGAUGAGGAUGUAAGAUAUGAAUUAUUUUUUGAGAUAUUGACCUCAUUCGUUUACAAUUAUAAAGUCUUUUGAUACAUAGUGCUCUGUACAAAUCCAAUUUUGUAAAAUUUCUGGCACUUUCUUGUAAUAUAGUCACAGAAAUAUACGAAAAAGCAGCACAGAAAGAUUUGCAAUUCUCAUUUGAGAGAUUAUAGCAUUUUUUUAUAUUUUGAUAGGCUGUAGUUUUACGUUGAAUAGCUCUUAUAUCUAUCAUUGAUUAUAUUUUCCUUCCAACAUUUUCUUCCACAAAUGAGCCAGUAAUCUUUCAGCCCUGGUGAGAAAAUGUUAAUAAAUGCCGGUAAAUAUAUAUUUUGUAACAAAGGAACAUAUUGCUUUACUGUAUGUUACGGCAAUAAGGUAAAUUUUUAUGGCAAAGAGAUUGGAUUGUGGCAACGCAAGUGUCAGAAAAGAAGAUGUGAACCCAGCCUCAUAGGACAUACAUUUAAUUAUUUGAGAGACACUCUGAGAGAGUGAGAGUGUGGAAUAUAUUUUUAGAGAAGUAUUUCAUUUUACAAUUGAGAUGAAGAUGCUUCCAUGUUGUAGUACUUACUGUGUAAUAAUUAUUUAUUCUGUGCUGUUAAAUAGCAAUUACCUGGAUAUCAAGCAGCUGAAUGUAUUAACAGUCCAAUCUAAGACUAUUGUCUUAUUUUUCAUAUCCAUUUGAUAUAGGUGUUGCUUGACAGCUGAUUGUAGGAAGCUCCAAAGCAAGUUGAUAUGUGAAAGUAACUUUUUUGCAAAUAUUACAAUACUAAA